AUGGUAAGGUUGGAUGAAAUGAAUAAAUUUCAAGAUGCUAAGUUCGCUUCUUUGGAGUCAUCCAUGAACGCCUUAUCAAAGCAAAAUGAUGAAAUCAAGGACACAGUUAUACAUUUGUCCGCUAAAUAUGAUGAUGUUUUAAAUAACUUAAAAAAACUUCAACAAGAAAAUGACUUUUUUAAAAACCGCAUUAAAACUCUAGAAGGGAAGCUUGAACAAUUUGAAAAAAAUGCGCGAUCAACCACAGUUGAAAUAAGAAAUGUUCCGAUAUCUGAAUCCAAAGGCAAGGAAAAUUUGAUUGAAUUUACAAAAAAGUUCGGCACAGUAAUAAACGUUCCGAUUCAGGAUUCGAAAAUCCGUGAUGUGUUCCGGAUGAAGCUGGAAAACAAACCAAACGGUCCUAUCAUCGUCGAUUUCACAUCAACUGUUAAAAGAGAAAAGGUUAUUAAAGCUACGAGAACCUACAACAAAAUGAACACCGGGCAACGUUUAAGCACUGCGUCUCAAUAUGGAUGGUGCCGCAAAGCCUAUAUAUGUGUCAGAACACCUCACUGCAUCAACCAGACGCCUAUUUUACCUUGCUAG